AUGAACAAUUCAACUAAAUGUAAUUACAGGAGGUUAUCCCUCUUUGCUAGUUUAUCUGUAAUGUUUUUUUGUGGUUCUACUUUUGUUCCUAAAUAUGAUACGAAUGUAGUGAAGACUUUUUGUGAUGAAGAAUCCUGUCAGAAGGGGGAAGUAUUUGGGAGGAUUCUUGGACAAGCAGGGGUACAAGGCGUGCUAGGAGUGAGGAAUGAAUUAAUUAGUUUUAGAAGAAGAUCUGUUUAUUCCCAAAUGGAUAAACUUAUGGAUUGUUUAUUUAGAGGAUUUUUAGAUACAUUAAUGUGGUUUACUGAAGAAGUUUACAAAUCGGAUGGAAGUGAAGCUGUUAACAAUACUGCAAUGAUUGAAAAAAUUAUUAGAAAACAAAUGUACACAGAGGGCGUUACUCUUUCAAAUAGAACGGUAACUAAUGAAGUGCAGAGAACGAAGGAACGUCACGACGAAAUUGCAGCGCAGGGAACUACCUCCGAGGUAGUCAAACGUAUGAUGAAGAUGUACGAACUUGAAAAUAAUUUAUCCAAAGAAACCAUGAAAAAAGUUAGUGCUCCAAAUAGAACAGAAAACAUACAUGACAUCUUGAAUACAGAAAAGAUAAAACUUAAAAUUAAGAAGAAAUUGGAAACCAUACCGUACACUUACGAUGAUGUUAUUAUUGAUUCUGUGUCAUCCAGAAUUAUUGGACGCGUUACGGACAUAUCUAAGGACGAAAAUAUU